AUAUUCCAUGCAUGGAUGUAUUUCUUACGGAUUGCUUUACAAAAUUACUUUGCAGGAACUGGGGGAGAGCUGGACAUAGUGGUUACUUCUAAUAAAGAGGUGAAAGUUGCAGCAAUUCGGGAUGCCUUUCAAGAAGUCUUUGGAAUGGCUGUUGUGACUGGAGAGGCUGCACAGUCCAACAUUGCACCCCAGCCUGUGGGCUAUGCUGCAGGCUUAAAGGGAGCCCAGGAGAGGAUAGACAGCCUGCGCCGGACAGGAGUCAUCCAUGAGAAGCAGCCUGCUGUGUCGGUGGAAAACUUCAUUGAGGAGCUGCUUCCUGACAAGUGAGAGCUUUGAAUUUAUUCCAGGAGGGUGGGGACACGUUGGGAAUAUUCCUUGUUGACUCAAAGCCUGUAAGGAGCUGGUGGAAGUUCAAGCAGAGAGGAGAGG